AUGGCCUCGACGGCGGCUUCCUCCAUCCGCCGUGGCGUGCACACGACCAUCCAGAGCCUGUCCAGCGCCUCCGCCGAGCUGACCAAAGCAGCCAUCAACCUCCCCUCCACAUACUCCAACUAUGUCGCAUCGAACUCGUCGUCGGUAUCGACCAUCGAGAGCAGCCUGCGCUCGUUGACCUACCUCUUGCCCGGCGCGAGGCUGCACGAUACCGAGCUGGCCUCGGAAUCGGUCCACACCUUCGUGCAGCUGCUCUCGAUCUACCAUGACCAUAUCCUCAAGAACCGCGCCGUCAUCCUGGCGCUGUCGCCGACCGUGCUCAAGACCAAGAACAUCAAGCUGCAAAAACCAAAACCCUCACUCCAUGCUCGUUAUACUACGUUCUGGACCUCUUCUUCUUCAUUGUACAACAAGAUUGCCACGGUGCUGAAGAUCGCACAAUAUACCGAACUGCUAUGGGAAAUGAUUGCACGACGGCGCGGCGGAGAGAAGACGAGAUGGCGCGUGGUGGUCCUGCUUGAGUCGUUCAAGGCCGUAUGCCGCCUGCUGUUGAUGCGCCUGACAAACUUACGUCCCACCCUGACACCGCCGAUGCCGCUACGAGAAGACUUUGCGCCCACAAGCCCCGAACAACAGGAAGAGGAGUUUGCCGAGGAAGAAUAUCCGUCCGACAAUUUCGACGUGAAGAAUGUUUUGGGAGAUGCCGGGGUCCCGACUCCGCCGCUCUCGGAUUCUGGUAAACAAGCGGCCUCGUCCUUGUCCAUCACCGAACCGUACAACAUGCCCCGGACAGGACUAACGCUGCCAACCCUGCCCUCUCCAGAAACCGCAUCGGCAUAUCUUCUUAACCAUGUCUUGACAGCCGACGACGUGAAGCCCGCCAAACAACUCCUCCACCGGCUUACGACCAUGCGAGGCCAGGCUGCCGAAGUGCUGUAUACCUUGCGUCCACUGAUCUAUGCCCUGCUAAUGCAACGCGUGGCUCGGACCUACGGUUACGAAGGCAACAAAUGGAAACGGCAUUGGGCGCCCUGGCUGGUCGGCGUCUCGAUCGAAUACCUUGCCCGCCAGCUGGCGAAGCGUGACCUCGCUACGAGGGUCCCCGGUGGCGCACGAACUGGCCUGUCCGCCCUGGAACGCGAGGAGCUGAAGAAACGCGGCUGGAAUCUAGCCUGGUGGGGCAUGCGAGGCGCCUUUUACGAAAAUGUCACCAAGGGCUGGAUCCAUGGCGCGGCCGAGUCCUUGAAGGGCAAGCCCUUGUUAGACCUGGUGGGAGGCAUCAUUGAGGAUUACGAGUAUCUGUGGGGCAAUUACUAUUUCAGCACGGCGACCAUGUGA